GCUGAGAGUGUGAGCGCAAAGUCGGUGGCGUGGGAGGUGGAGGCGUGUGUGUCCUGCUGAGGAGACACAGGGGCCCUUUGUGCGGGGCCUGAGUCGCCUCCUAUGUCCCUGCUGCCGGCUCCUGGGGAACAUGCCGGGUCUCCUCCUUUCCGCGCUGCUGGGCGCUGCUCUCGCCCAGUUCUGCUGCAGGGCGCAGGGCGGCGGGCCGUUGGCCAGGGCGCCGGAAGGAAGGCCCGGAGAGGAACCGGAAGUGCAGCCUCGCAGACAGUUUUGUCACUGGCCCUGUAAAUGCCCUCGUCAGAAGCCCAGCUGUCCUCCUGGAGUGAGCUUGCUGAGGGACGGCUGCGGGUGCUGUAAGAUCUGUGCCAAACAGCCGGGGGACAUCUGCAAUGAAGCCGACCUCUGUGACCCCCACAAAGGGCUGUACUGUGACUACUCGGCCGACAGGCCUCGGUUCGAGACCGGAGUGUGCGCGCACCUUAUAGCUGUGGGAUGCGAGUUCAACAGGGUACAUUAUCAUAAUGGCCAAGUCUUUCAGCCCAACCCCCUGUUUAGCUGCCUCUGUGUGAGUGGGGCCAUUGGAUGCACACCUCUGUUCAUACCAAAGCUGGCUGACAGUCACUGCUCUGGGGCUAAAGGUAGAAAGAAGUCUAAUCAAUCCAACUGUGGCCUGGGACCAUUCCAACAGCAGCUUUCAGCAACCUACAAAACAAUGCCAGCUUAUAGGAAUCUCCCACUUGUUUGGAAAAGAAAAUGUCUUGUGCAAGCAACAAAGUGGACACCUUGCUCCAGAACAUGUGGGAUGGGAAUAUCUGAUCGGGUCACCAAUGAAAAUAGCAACUGUGAAAUGAGAAAAGAGAGAAGACUGUGUUACAUUCAACCUUGUGACAGUAAUAUAUCAAAGAGAGUAAAGAUCCCCAAAGGAAAAACAUGCCAACCUACUUUCCAACUCCUCAAAGCUGAAAAAUUUGUCUUUUCUGGAUGCUCAAGCACUCAGAGUUAUAAACCCACUUUCUGUGGAGUAUGCUUGGAUAAGAGAUGCUGUGUCCCUAAUAAGUCUAGAAUGAUUACCAUUCAAUUUGAUUGCCCAAAUGAAGGGUCAUUUAAAUGGAAGAUGCUGUGGAUUACAUCUUGUGUAUGCCAAAGGAACUGCAGAGAUCCAGGAGAUGUAUUUUCUGACCUCAAGAUCCUAUAAAACCUAGUAUAUAUGGGAAAAGUUAAGUUCAGGCACUAUUCUAAGUGCAAGAGACCCAGUACUGAACAACAACAAUUUCUACUUUACUGGAGCUUACAUUCGAUCUUGGUUAUGUGACAGCAAGAAGAACAGAAGACUCCUUUAGGGAAUGGUGAGCUGUGGGGUGUUUGUAAAUCCUCUGCUACUGUGUUCAAAAUUUGGUGUAUAUGUGCUUUUGGGCAUUUUUAUGGAGUUAAGGAAACCCAGAAAAGGAUAAGAACCACUAAACAACAAGUGGGCAAAUUCAUUCUUGAUUUAUCCUUUGCUGCAAAAUAUAAAAACUAGUAAGGAGCUAUUUGUAAUUUUGGAAUACUUUAUUCACAUUAGAAAUACGGAAUUUCAAGAAACAUACACACACUUCUCAUAUGUGCUUAUUAUUUUCAUGUGAUAAAAAUGGGAUGAGGUACAGGACUGACAUUUAUUAAUAAAAGGUACAACAAAAACCAUUCUCACUACUAAUAAGAAAUUAAAGAGUUUUAAAACUGACUUUUAAUAGUACAAUUUUAAAACAAUUUAUUAUUUUACUCAAGGAUAGAUAAACGUGUUCAUGUGCUGAUAUGACCGCCUCUGAAAUAUCUAUAGUACAGCAGAAAAAAAGGGAAAAAAGAACACAAAGAUAGAAAGAACAUUGUGACAAGUUCCCUAAGAGUAUAAAAUCUUUAAAGUCCCUUAUACAUUUUCACAAACACAUUUUUAAAAAUAAACCUUUGUAACAAAUUAUGAUUAUAUGAAUACAAAAUGCUGCAACAGUAUAAUUUUUAUCAAAAUAUGCCAAAAGCAGGAUUAAAAGAAGUUUGAUUGGCUUUGAAACAUUCAGGUUGAAGGACCAAGUCAAACAUUUUUUUCUUUAUGCUGAAUUUAAUUAGAAAUUCCCUGUCUUUAUUUUUUAAGAAUUAACUUUAAAUGUAAAAAUGUUUGGACUAUCACUAUUGUACAAUAAAUAGUUUAGCA